AUGAGUUAUACAUGUUCUGUGAUUUGCAAUGAUGAAAGUGUAAUGUUUAUGUUCAACAAUGCUCAAAAUUCAAGUGGGUGUAUUGAAUUAUUUGUUGAGUAUUCACCUGUUAGAAGUUCAGAAAUCCCACGAGUUGUUGAUUUUGGUAGUGGAUCAUCUGCGAGGGUUGAACUUUUGAGCUCUGAAUGUGGUAUUGGAUCAUCUGCGAGGGGUGAACAUAUGAACUUUGAUCAUAGUAUGAAUGAGCAUAGAGAUGUUGUAGAUGUUGUUGAUGUUGGUGGUGGAUUGAAUGAUGAGGUAGAUGUAGCAGAUGUUCUUAAUGAGCCAACAACACUAUCUGAUACUGAGCCAGAACCCGAUCUCUGUGAUGGUGAUGGUUCUUCUGAUGAUGGUGAUGGUUCUUCUGAUGAUGAGCUAAUACCAUGUAAACCUGUUGUACAAGGUGAACAACCACUUUCGGAAUACAACACUAGAGGGUUGAAAUUCUUUCGCGAAUUACCAAGUCGUCCUUCUGGAGUAUCUGAUGAUGGUGUUGAUAAUGAACACAUCAAUUUGUAUUGGGAUGGGAAUGAGCUGCAUUGGAUUGUGUUGGGAACAAAAUUUGAUUCGAAGCUUCAUGUGAAGACUGCUAUAACUAUGUGGAGUUUGUGGCAGGAAAAACAGUUUAAGGUCGUCGAGAGCAAAUUAAGAAGGUGGCAUGCCGUAUGCAAAUUUCCUGCAGGAACGACAGCAACAGGUAUUGGCAUCAUCAACACCACCGACGCUAAAAAAGCAAGGGAAUGUAAGUGGGAGGUUUCAGUUACUCAAAGGGCGCAUGACGAUAUGUGGGAAGUUAGAAAGUGGGUGGGGCGACAUACUUGUGUAGGCCAUCGUGCUAACAGAGAUCAUGCUAACUUCUCAUCGGCAAUGAUUGCUCUGUGUAUUCGACAUCAUGUGCGACAAUGUGCCAAUUUCAAGGUCUUCUCAAUAAUAGCUGAUGUUCAAGACAGAUUUGGUGUGUCAAUCAGUUAUAAGAAGGCAUGGUAUGCAAAGAGAAAGGCUAUAGAGUUUGUAUAUGGUGGAUGGGAGGAAUCAUUUAGGCAGUUGCCAAGCUACAUGUUUGAACUCCAGUCACAGAAUCCGGGCACAAUUGUUAAGUGGAAGCACAAUGAGCUGUUGAGUCAGAGAUGUACAAAUGUGUUCAACUAUGUUUUCUGGGCAUUUGGGCCUGCAAUACAUGCUUUCCAGAAGGCUGCACCGGUGUUAACAAUAGACGGGACUCACCUCCGAGGAAGAUUUAAAGGUAAGUUGCUUGUUGCUUGUGGUUUUGAUGCUAACAAGACAUGCUUGCCUAUUGCAUAUGCUGUGGUGGAUGAAGAAACCAAUGACAGUUGGUCGUGGUUUUUGGAUCAUGUAAGAACUCAUGUGGUGAAAUACGAGAGGGAGGUGUGCAUUAUAUCAGAUAGGCAUAAAGGAAUCUUCAAAGCAAUGGAGUCUGAAAUCAUGACAAGAGCCCCGCAGAUACACCACAAAUUUUGUUUGGUCCAUGUGAGGGCAAAUGUGUUGAAGAAGCACAAGGGCCCCAGUUUGAAGGCCAUGAUCUGGAAGUUGGGGGUUAGUACUCAGAUGCCUCGCAUAAAUAAUGAUACAGAAACGCUAAGGCAGCGCUACCCCAACUGA